AUGAUGGGAACCAGUGCAAAAUACAAGCAAGGAUACAAAAAAAUCGAAAAGAGCUGCAUCGAAGCUCAAAAUGAAGAUAUACGCUUGGAUUUUGUUUGGGUAGAUACAUGCUGUAUUGACAAGACGAACAGCACAGAGCUAUCUGAGGCAAUCAACUCGAUGUAUCUUUGGUACCAGGAGGCUGAAGUAUGCUACGUUCACCUAGCCGAUGUACCUUCAAAGAAAGACUUCACGGAAGGCAGAUGGUUCACCAGGGGCUGGACACUGCAAGAGCUGAUUGCUCCAAGGAAAUCGGUCUUCUUCGAUGAAAAUUGGAACAAGAUUGAGUAUACCGCAGAGCUUCAAAAGAAAGUGUCUGAAGUUACAGGCAUACCCAUUAGUAUCCUUUCAAAAGAAAAAAAUCUUGAAGACUUGAGCGUCGCACAGAGAAUGUCUUGGGCUGCAAAUAGGCAAACAACAAGAAUCGAGGAUCAUGCCAACUGUCUGCUCGGUAUAUUUGGUGUUAAUAUGCCGCUGAUUUAUGGAGAAAAAGAAGACGCCUUCAUCAGACUGCAGGAGGAGAUCAUCCGAGUUUCAGACGACCUCAGUCUCUUCGCCUGGAGGUCUAAGAAUGAAACCGGACUUCUGCCUCGCUCCCCAACUGCGCUCCACGGCUCACGCCACAUUGUGCACCUCAACUCGUUCGAUUCGCUUUAUGACCCCCCGACAGUGAACAGUAGAGGGGUCCAUUUGAGCGUUCGCUUCGUUGGAAUAGGCUACCGAGGACUGGGACUCGCAAUCAUUGACUGCAAAGAAAUGAGCGGUACCGGCAACGAAACAUCGAUCGCUAUCUACGUGAGAGAUGUGUCCUUGAAGAUGCGACAGUUCAUCAGAGUUCAGACAGACGAAUUCAGACCAAUAGAUCUGCGAAAUUCAGACUCUCACAAUAUCCUGUUAGGCGAAUAUGUGUCCAAUACGAAAACAAGGCCCUGA